CUCUAUUUGUUUUGGAAUUUUGAAAAUACCUGUUUUAGUAAAGAUACCUGUAAUAAAGUUGGAGUUGUUACUCAUGUAUUAUCUUAUCUAAUAGGUAUCAUGAUAUCUUUGGAUAGGUGUGGUAUAUUGCUUUGCUGAACAGAGUUGGAAAGAUAUCAUACAUUCUGUAUUGGAAGUAACUGAAAAUCAUUUGCGGUAAGUAUUUUAUAAUUUCCUAAAUGUAAUUUCAUUGUUUUAUAGCUGUUUCUUCAAGUAUAAAAUAUAUUUAGCUAAAUACAAUAUAUUCAUAUAUAUUUUUAUAUUAGCUUGUAUUACUUUGUGGUAAUCAAUAUAAUGAUAUUAAAUUAUAGGAAGUUAAUAUUAAUUUCACAUUUUAUACAAAUCCAGUUGCAGUAAAAUGGCAAAAUUUUGGUAUUUUCUUAUCUUUAUCACUUUAACUGUACGUGCACAAGAGAAUGCAGCUCGAAAUCUUUCACCAUCUCUUCGAGAAUGUUAUGACAACAAAUAUCUUUUGGAAAGAGAUAAUAGACUGCCGCACUCUUUAAAUACGUUCAUUGCGAUACUUCGUAAAAUUGAAAAUACAGAAGGUCUUAAUAUGGAUCUGAGAAGUUUAUCUGUUGCACUUCUGCAUCGUUUUCGACAAGAUGGUAUUGCUCCGAAUCCUGCUAUUCCUAAUCAAGAUGGAAUAUCACCCUUUGCACCAAUUGCUCAUCAAUUUUAUCGUUUUGCUCAAACUCUACGUCUUAUACCAGGAGAUGCUCUCACGUUUCCUAAUAAUAGUAUCACAGAUGUUGAAAGGUGUACGUUACACUUUAUGUUAUCAAGUAGUAUUGAAAUUUUUCAAAGAGGGGACGAAACAAAAGUUUGUAGACUUGCUGAUACGUACAGAUAUCCGAGGGAUAUUAAAAAUAACGAUAAGGCAAUGAUUAAAAAUACUGCUAAUGAUGUAGAAACUUUAUCAUCUGAUGAAAUAAAAAGUAUGACUAACGGGAGAAAUGAAGGUAACAAUGUUACGGUUGAUCCAAACUCGCGAUACCCAGAAGUACCGCCUAAUCAUCCAGAUAGUGCACGGUAUAGAGGUACAGAACCACUAUCUCUUAGUGAAUGCCCUGUAGAAAAUGGUGUUGUAAAAACUCCAUGGGGUACAACUUCGUUUGGCUUAGUACUAGCUGGAAUAGCUGCAGCUACACAACCAGAAACAACCAGACUUCCCGAGUUGCUAUCAGCGGAUGUUUUAAAAAAGAACAAUUCAGAUGUAAUGGAUCGAUCUUUAGAAAACAAGUGGCUUGCGACUUUAGCUGGAGAUUUGGCAGAAGUAGCUUUAAGGCAAGGCCCUAAAAAUAAAGAUAUCAAACUUAAUGUUGGAUUAAAUGGCCAUUGGAAUUCCACUGCUUUGCCACGAUGGUAUUUCUUGAAUUCUAACAGUAAUUAUGAGAUGACAACAGCAGAAAUCAGAGGAGAUUUAGAUGGCUUAAUUUUGGCCAAUGAAACUGGCAAAUGGUAUUCUAGAAUACCUAAUUUGAGGCUUUCACAAAUUUUUGACAUGUACUAUAGUCCAGUAGGAUUCUUUGACUCAUCUAUUAGAGCAUGCAAUCGGAGAACACUGUUCACAUCUGUUGCACCAAAUGAAACAUUGGUUGCACAGACAUAUAGUGCUUCUAUAUUGUUAGAGGAUCUAGCACACGCAACGCUUGAAUAUCCGAUAAUUGAAAAAUUGUCAGUACAAGCAGUAAACGAAUUAGUGAAAUAUGUGCCUUCAUCCAUGAAUAAAGAUCUUUCAUGUACUGACACGGAUAAAUUAUGUAGUUUCAAUCAAAUGUCUGUCGAUUUAACGAUUAUUUUGGACACAAAUUGGGAAUUCUCCAUAAUAAAACCUAUUCUUGCACAUUUAUUGGAAAACAUAAACAUAAAUCAAUUUAAUUCCAACUUCACAUUAAUAAAUGGUCGAGAUGGAACACCAAUGAUUAAUAGUACUUCUAACAUUUUGGAUUUCCACGCCUAUAAUUCAUCUCAUUACUAUGGAAAUAGCACUCGUGGUUUUGAUUUAGCUAAGUCGCUCAAAGAAUUGGAAGCAUAUCUAAAAAAUAAACUGAAUGCCGAACGUGCUCGUGGUGUUGGUGGAGCACGUUCUGAUAUUGUUUUAAUUGUUCCAUAUAUUUCUGAUAUAUCUAAAAAUGACAAGCAAUAUUGCUUGCAAACUAUAUUGCGAAUACGAGAAUAUAUUCCAGAUACAAUCAUACUUUUUAUGGCCUCAUCCAAAGAUCCGUGGUCCGAUCUAGUACAAAAUCAUAUGACAGAUUUAUUCUCUAUUAGUACUUCUAUUGGUAAAGACACAGAAGAAGCUUUAGAACCAAUAAACAACAUAGUUUCAAGAAUGAGGCAAGUUCCCAAGCGUUUAUUUAAUUCCCAGUGUGGAUCAGAUUAUAUUUCAUCUGGAUCUUUGAAUUCAUAUGAUGAUUAUAUUGUACCAAACGGUAUUAGUUUUUAUAAAUUACAUCCCAAUUACUUUUUUAACCAUAAUACAGCAAUAGUAAAAAUCCAGGGCUCCGAAUCAGAUAGUUUAGUUGUGUGCUCAUCACGAGCACCAUUAUACGCCAAUGCAACAGAAUCAUCAAAAUCAUGUGCAUCAAUAUCCAAUGAUGUACAUAGUAUUACAGUUUCUUGUGCUGAUGCUACUUUCAUUCGUGAUUGUCCACCACUAUAUAUAUCAGUAGCUUCAAACUCCACAAGUAUUUCUUAUAAAUGUACUGAUCCACGAGUUUGCAGAAUUCCUACUAUGAUAAAAUACACUAUAUCUUACGAAAACAUGGUGUGUGCCAAUGAAGCAAUUAGAUUUACAUUUAAUAUUUCUAUUUUGAUGAUAGUUUUAGUUGUAUUAAAUAUGUAACAAUUGG